AUGGCUGACACCGAAUACAACGCCGAGGAGGCUGCCGAGCUCAAGAGAAAGAGACAGUUCCGCAAGUUUACCUACCGCGGUAUUGACCUCGACCAGCUCCUCGACCUCUCCUCGGAGCAGCUCCGUGAUGUCGUCCACGCCCGUGCCCGCCGCCGCUUCAACCGUGGUCUGAAGCGCAAGCCCAUGGGUCUGAUCAAGAAGCUCCGCAAGGCCAAGCAGGAGGCCAAGCCCAACGAGAAGCCCGACCUCGUUAAGACGCACCUCCGUGACAUGAUCGUCGUCCCCGAGAUGAUCGGUUCCGUCAUCGGUAUCUACUCCGGUAAGGAGUUCAACCAGGUUGAGAUCAAGCCCGAGAUGGUCGGCCACUACCUCGGAGAGUUCUCCAUCUCAUACAAGCCCGUCAAGCACGGUAGACCCGGUAUCGGUGCCACCCACUCUUCCCGUUUCAUUCCCCUCAAGUAA